AUGCCCUCCAAAGUAUCCUUUGUUCCCCAUUUGGAGUAUUCCGAGCCUGGAUAUGAGAUUACUACAUCAGAGUUGAAAGCCACGCUUUGGUACCAACCCAAGGAGAUCGAUGCAAUUCGAAUAAGCAUGGAACAGCAAGUGAAUCAGAUCAUUACCAACAGGGGCCAAGAUCCCACGGGCGAUAUUUGUCUGCGAGGUUUGGAAAAUCUCCUUCAGCAACGCAUUUCAACAACGUUUUCGCGACGCCAAGAGUACGGUGCCUACGUACAAGGACUCCUAAGAGUGCAGAGCAAGCAACAGUCAAAAGGUCUCGUGGAUCAGGAUCGGCUUCGCAAGUACUCUUGUAGGGCAAGCAAACGCGCUCGUUCUCAAGCCGAACUCUUGGCAGCACGAGACGCCAUGAGCUGUGCCCGCAUCUACCGGCAAGAUGAUGAUUGGAAAAUGUUGCUGACAGAACACACUGGCGAUGCACAACAACCAAAUGCCAUCAUAUCGGCAGCCAGUUGCAAACGACGAGGCCUUCGACAUUCCAGCUACAACAAGUGGAGGAAUCUCUUUGCCAGGACCAAGUUGCAUUGA